GUUCUUUGCCGCUCUCUCUCUACAGCUUUGUGAGAUACUCCUUAACCCCGUAGGUUGAUACGGGAGAUACCGUGGUUCGGGCCUGGUGUAGGCCGCAGCCAUGUUGAAAACCGAGAGAAUCCUGCACCUGAAGGUCCAGCGGUGCCGGACUGUGCGAGCGGUGCGGGAGCAUUACCUACGGGAAGACGUGAGCUGCGGGAGCCCGCUCUGUACGACUUGUGUCAGGGAUGGGAAGCUGUUGUCUGAGGAGCUGACGCACUAUCUGGUUCCAGACUGCCAGAUCCUGCAGGAUUAUCAAGAGGUUCUUGAGUUUCCAGAACUGAGAGGCAUCAUCUUUCUGCAAACGGCGUGCCAAUCUGUGCAGUUUCAGAGAGGACGCAGGCAGUAUAACAGGCUGCGUUCCAUGAUCCGUGAUCCCCGCCAUGACUGCAUUCUCUUCCCAAAUGAAUUCCAGCUUCAUGCCUACCUUCCCCGGGAGGAAGGGGAAUCCGCAGAGGCCUGGCAGACAAGGUGUGUUUAUAACUCCUGCGUGUGGUACCACCAGCACUGCCACGGCAUGGUCCCUGUUGUGAUGGUGACUGAGGAUGAGGAGGUUGUCAAGACGUACAGUAAUGAGACUGCAGGGGUAUAUGUGAUCUCAUUUAAGAAUUACCUGGAAACGUUCUGGCCGGAUUUGAAAAGUGCGCUGGAGCUGUACGAGUCUCUUCGACAGUCUCGGUGUGAACGAGAGGUGGAGGGCCGGGAAAAAAAUGGCAAGGAGUAUCCAGAGCAUCUCCCCGUGGAAGUGCUGGAAGCUGGGAUCAAAUCUGGAAGAUUCAAGCGGGGUGUCCUCAGUGUGAACAAGCACCGCUCUCAGCUGGAAGCAUUUGUGCGACUUCAGGGCUUCGGCUGCAAAAGCACAGACCUGCAGAGUGAUGUCCUCAUCCAUGGCACCAAGUCUCGGAACCGAGCAGUCCAUGGGGAUGUGGUGGCAGUGGAGCUUCUUCCAAAAUCUGAGUGGAAGGGAAGAAUUGGUGCACUGUGUGAGAAUGAAGGGGAUGACAGAGCAGGAGAUUCCCAGAGUGAGGUUAUGCCAACAGGUCGUGUAGUGGGAGUGCUACAGCGUAACUGGAGGGAUUAUGUGGUGACUUUUCCUACCUAUGAGGAGACUCAGAAGCAAAGCAAAAAUGUUCAAAAAAUCCUGGUAACUCCUUGGGACUACAGAAUACCUAAAAUCCGUAUCAGCACACAGCAAGCCAGCGUCUUGCAGGAUUAUAGGGUGGUGGUGAGGAUCGACUCCUGGGAAUCCACGUCUCUCUACCCCAACGGACACUUUGUGAGGGUCCUUGGACGCAUUGGAGACAUAGAGGCUGAAAUUGCAGCUAUACUGGUUGAGAACAGCAUUAGCGUUAACCCUUUUUCUGAAGCUCAGCUUGCAGAGAUGCCCACUAAUACUCCUGACUGCCCGUGGACAGUUGAAAAGGAUGAAGAUGGGCGCCUGGACCUGCGCAAGACUCAUUUGGUUCUCAGUAUCGACCCGGUGGGCUGUGAGGAUGUGGAUGACGCUCUGUCCAUACGGGCUCUACCCUCCGGGUGCUUGGAGCUUGGUGUGCACAUUGCUGAUGUCACGCACUUUGUACGGCCCAAUUCUUACACGGACAUGGAAGCCCGGGCCAGAGCCACCACUUACUACCUGGCCGAUAGACGCUAUGACAUGCUGCCCCCCAUCUUGAGUGCUGAUCUCUGCUCUCUUCUUGGAGGCGUUGACAGAUACGCAGUGAGUGUAAUGUGGGAGCUGGAUGGGAGAACCUUGGAUAUCCGGAAAGUGUGGUACGGCAGAACCAUCAUCCGCUCAUCCUAUAAGCUCAGUUAUGAAGUGGCUCAGCAGCUGCUGGAUGGAGACCUUGAGCCCUUAAAUACUGACCCUGAGCUUCAGCCACUCUCGGAGGACCCCAGUAGACUGGAACAGCUGUUGUGGGCAGUUGGCAAACUGACAGAGGUGGCACGAGCUGUCAGAUCGCAGAGAGACUUGAGUGGAGCGCUGGAGUUAGAAGGAGUGGAGGUACGGGUCCAGCUUGGGGAGGAGCACAGCAUCGAUGACCUGGUCCCCAAACAACCCCUUCAGGUGCAUGAAACAAUUGCAGAGUGCAUGAUCCUGGCCAAUCACUGGGUGGCCAAAAAAAUCUGUGAAAGCUACCCUCAGCAGGCGCUUCUACGUCUGCAUCCACCUCCGCGCCAAGAGUUCUUUCAGGAGCUGAAGGAGUGUGCGCAAGCACAAGGGUUUUCCAUUGAUACAAGAUCAAACAAGGCUUUGGCUGAUUCUCUGGACAAAGCAAAUAACCCUUCUGACCCAAUUGUUAAUCGUUUGCUGCGAUCAAUGGCGACCCAAGCCAUGUCCAACGCCCAGUACUUCUCCACAGGCUCGUACACAGAGGAAGAGUUCUAUCAUUAUGGUUUGGCUCUGGACAAGUACACACAUUUCACAUCCCCAAUCCGUCGGUAUGCUGAUAUCGUGGUGCACAGACUGCUUCUGGCUUCCAUCAACAAAGGGCCAAAUGAUAACUUAUUUGGCAACCGAGACCUUGAGGAGCUGUGUGGUCACAUCAAUGCUCGCAAUCGGGCAGCCCAGAAUUGCCAGAAACAAUCAACCGAACUCUUCCAGUGCAUGUUCUUUAAAGACAAAGACCCAGAUUCUGACCCGCGAUGCACCUGUGAUGCCAUUGUAUAUGCCAUCCGCACCAACGGACUGCUGCUUUUCAUACCCAGAUAUGGCAUUAAAGGUGCUGCUUACCUGAAGAAUACAGAGGGACUAGUGCUGUCCUGCAGUGAAGAUGGCUGCCACUGGACAUCUGGCUCCAUACACCGACAACCAGACAGAAUAAUUGUCACUGAACAAGCAGGAAAGUCAACCUCCUUCUGCCUCUUUGAUCACGUGACUGUGCGGAUCCAUAUUCAGACCUCCCGUUUCCACUCAGACACCAUCCGGCUGGAGAUAACCAGCAACAAGCCGCAUAAAUCCCCGGAGGACCAGCCCCAUGUCUCCAACUCACACUUCGUGAAAACAGACUUGGUAAGGGAGGUUACGCAAACCGCGAUGGAGGCUCAGCUGGCCGAGCUGGAGGCUGCGGCAGCACAGAAGGCAGAGGAUCGGCACCAGGAAUACCGUCAAACGCGGGGGAUCAGCCUAUAUACUUUGUUGGAAGAGCUGAGAGACUUGGCGCUGCUUGAUGUGUCAGGGGCUUAAAGGAGUAGGAGCAGAAAGAUACGGAGCUUGGUGUUUGGGUACAUCAGUUACACAUACUGCUUCGUAGGUGGAGGCAUUUUAAUUUGGACUCUUGAAGCUACCUCCCAGCAAUGUAAAGUAGGGGCUUCGUGUUUCCAGAGUUUUAGACACUGCUACUUUUAGAAGCAUUUUUUAAAGUGUUCAGAUUUUUAUAUGAUAUAAAUUAUUCUUUAGCUGUGAACAGGUAAAUAUAUUAUUGUCGAUUGCUUUGUCUUAAAGUAUAUUUUUCUUUAUUAAACUAGCCCUUAUGUUAAA